AUGUCUAUUUCCGACGUGAAGAACGAUCCAGCGAAGGUCCAGCUUGUCCGGCUGGCACACGUCUACUUCGAGCAUCCGGACUUGGAGACCUUUGCGAGGUUUGCCAUGGACUUUGGCUUGGUCGAAGUCGCGCGCAAAGGAAACACCAUCUACUUCCGCGGAUACGGCAAAGACCCAUACGUUUACGUCGCCUCAACAGGAGGGAAAGGGAAGCCCCAGUUUCUGGGUCCAGCAUUCGUCGCUCGCGACCAGGAGAACUUUGACAAAGCGGCCAGAAUCCCCGGCGCGAUCGUCAAGGACCUCGACGACGCGCCUGGAGGCGGAAAGAUGGUGACGAUCCCCCGCCCCAACGACACCUUCAUGCACAUCAUCUAUGGCCAAAAGGAGCGAGACAUCGAUCCUACGGACGCAGCAGUUGCAUCCCAUUCCCAGGGACAAUUCAAUACCCCCUUCGACAAGCCUAGACAGAAUCGAUCCCAGACAUGUCAGGAAGGUCCGGCGGUCGUCCACAAGCUGGGCCAUUUCGGAUACGUGUGCAAGGAAUUCGACGAGGAGGUCGACUUCUACACGUCAAAUUUCAACAUCAUCCAUUCUGAUAUCCUCUGGCAUCCCAAACUCGCCGGCAUCGAUGUCCUCACGUUCAUGCGCCUCGACCUGGGGAAGGAAUACUCAGACCACCACGUCAUGUUCCUUCAGCGGGCACCCCCUGAAGUAAAACGGACCUACCUCCACCACACCUCCUACGAGGUUGCAGACUUCGAUACGCAGCUGAUUGGCCAUGACUGGCUGGCAAAGCGCGGCUGGAAAUCAGUCUGGGGCGUUGGACGCCAUAUCCUAGGCAGCCAGAUCUUUGAUUAUUGGCAGGAUAGCAGCGGGUUCAAGAUGGAGCACUAUUCAGACGGCGACGUCGUGAAUGAAGACUCCCCGACCGGUCGACAAGUUGCUGGUGCGCUCUCUGUUUGGGGACCGGAAAUCCCGAAGGACUUUGAGCUCGAUGGUAUUGAUAAAUAUGAUAAAGAAUUACUGCCAGAUGCACGUGUCCAUCGACAUGCUGGUGCAAACAAGGCAAGUAGCCACAAGAUAACCAAGCACGUAGAAGGCCCCGGUUAA